CCCCUGGCGGCGGGUUUGUUUAUCCCGGGGAAGAAGUUCAGGACCGGGAGAUAGGGAAGGAGGGCGGGACGGGGAGGAGGGAUGCGGUUCGGCGGAGGCGGCCGCCACAGGGACUCGCCGCCAUCACCUCUGCCUUCGCGGCCGCCGCAGCCUUGGGCUCCGGUGGCCGUCGCCGCUGUCGCUUCAGCAGGAGAGGAGCCCCCGCCGGCACUGCUCGCCACUGUGCCGCAAGUCCGGUGUCCUUGUCUGAGAUUGGAAUAAGGAUAAUUCUGGCUUCAUAAGUAAAAUACUCAGCUCUGUAGGAUCUAUUGCAUAAGUCUUAGAAGUGGCAAUUAAGUGGCAAUGUCUCGGGAACCCACCCCACCUCUUCCUGGAGAAAUGUCUACUGCUCCAAUAGCAGAAAGCUGGUGUUAUACACAGGUUAAAGUAGUAAAAUUUUCCUACAUGUGGACCAUUAAUAACUUCAGUUUUUGUCGAGAAGAAAUGGGCGAAGUGUUAAAAAGUUCAACGUUCUCUUCUAGCCCAAGUGACAAAAUGAAAUGGUGCCUGAGGGUAAAUCCAAAGGGAUUAGAUGAUGAAAGUAAAGACUACUUGUCCUUAUAUUUGCUUUUAGUCAGCUGCCCAAAAAGUGAAGUUCGAGCAAAAUUCAAAUUUUCCCUUCUGAACGCUAAAAGGGAAGAAACAAAAGCAAUGGAAAGCCAAAGAGCAUAUCGAUUUGUACAAGGGAAGGACUGGGGUUUUAAAAAAUUCAUUCGGAGGGAUUUUUUGCUUGAUGAAGCUAAUGGUCUUUUACCAGAUGACAAGCUUACUUUAUUUUGUGAGGUGAGUGUGGUCCAAGAUUCAAUAAAUAUAUCAGGGCAUACUAAUACGAAUACUUUGAAGGUGCCUGAAUGUCGACUAGCAGAAGAUUUGGGUAAUCUCUGGGAAAAUACAAGAUUUACAGAUUGCAGUUUUUUUGUGAGAGGACAAGAAUUUAAAGCUCAUAAGUCUGUGCUUGCAGCUCGAUCCCCAGUUUUUAAUGCAAUGUUUGAACAUGAAAUGGAAGAAAGCAAAAAGAAUCGAGUCGAAAUAAAUGAUGUAGACCCUGAGGUUUUUAAAGAAAUGAUGAGAUUCAUUUACACAGGGAGAGCGCCAAACCUUGACAAAAUGGCUGACAACUUAUUGGCAGCUGCAGACAAAUAUGCACUGGAACGGCUGAAGGUCAUGUGUGAAGAAGCUUUGUGUAGUAACCUUUCAGUAGAAAAUGUUGCUGAUACCCUUGUCCUUGCAGAUUUGCACAGUGCAGAACAGUUGAAAGCACAAGCCAUAGACUUUAUUAAUAGGUGCAGUGUACUUCGACAGCUUGGGUGUAAAGAUGGGAAAAACUGGAACAGCAACCAAGCAACAGACAUAAUGGAAACAUCAGGGUGGAAGUCCAUGAUUCAGUCUCACCCUCAUUUAGUAGCAGAAGCCUUCCGAGCACUAGCAUCUGCACAGUGUCCACAGUUUGGCAUUCCACGCAAACGGCUAAAACAGUCUUGAAAUCGUCCAUGAACUGUAGAAAAAGAAAUGGAAUAGACUUUUAUUCCUCCAGGUCCAGAAGGAUUCUAAUAGACAAACCAUAAGCAAGAGUUGUUGCUGUUGUCUUGUCCACAGAACAGAAGCUGAAAAAGCAUAUUGCUUGCGUUUCAGGUGGAUAAUUUAUGGUUUAUUCUUCAGCUUUAAAUUAGACUGACUAUACUCUAAUUCACUUCAAGGCCUUAAAUUAUCUCCAAUGACUUCUCUUGUUCAUGUAAUACUUUUAAGUUUUUAUUGUGCCUUGUCAUUUUGACCAAGGCUAUGCAGGAUUGCACUAGCUCCGUAAUGCAGUAAUAUUGAUAACUGAAGAUACUAUGUUUCAAAAGGAUCUUCCAUUAGUUUAAGAAAAGCAAAAUUUCAUAGCGUUUGUGUUGUGCUAUCUCAAAGUUUAAAAUUAGGUUAUCCCUAAAAGCACUUGCAUUAGAGAUAACUGUUAAUGUCUCCAGUCUAAGUUCUGUAAACACAGGAGAACCUGCUUACCUUCAGAGUAAGUUCUGACAAUACACUGUUCAGUUCUAAUUUAUUUUGCAUUUCAUGGGGCAAAUAUGCAAUGAGUUGGCCCUAAUUUUUAGGAAAAUCUGUGAUGUUUGUUUGUUAACUGUUCAGCGAACUAAGAGAAGCAUAACAAACCUUUUCUUGGUGGGUUUAUCCAAGUUUACAAUUACUGAGAACUGGUUGAGGUUAAGAUUUCAAUAAGAAGAAAGCGUCUUUUGUGCUGGAUUAAUUUUUUUUUAAUUUAUAGUGACCUACAUUUAUAUGAAGAAUUCUGUACAUGUUAGAAGUAAGGAUGACCAAAUGUAAAUUUAACGAGUGGGCCAAUUAAGAAAGAUAUAUAUGCACUUUUAAUGUGUAACUUUUGUAUGCUGAAUGGUACAUAUAUUUUUUUGCUUUUGAGGAAAUUAAUAAGGUAUAAUUAAUUGUGUCUUAACUUUUGAAAGAAUUUUUUAAGACAGAUGGAGGUAACUGGGCAGUUUGUGAUAAUAGUUAAGAAAGAUAUACUUCAUUAUAGUUAAAUUGGUUUUGAUUUCAGAUAAUUAUUGCUGAAUUUACUCCUUUUUUAUCACACUUUGGAGAAGGCAGCUGAACAAUAAAUGAAUCCUGGACAGUCUACCAUUCUAAAAACAACAGACUGAUGAUAUUGGCAGAGUAAAGGAGAGAACCCUUAGAAAUAUGUCAGGUCACACUCUGAAACUCCACCCCCCCGCCCCCACACCUAGUUUUCUCCUUUCUGUUUCAGUUACUGUACUAACAUGGAUGAUACUGAAAUUCUGCAUAAUGUGAACAGGAUAAACUAUUUAUAAAUUGCUUUUCAUGGGCCAGUUCUUUAUUAUAAAUGAAUUUCAGCUUUAAACACAUAACCUGUUCAGUGUUCGAUAGCUCUGUUCACAGUGGGGAUCUGUUCCGGAGCAUUGUCCCAGAGAAGGAGCUGUCGGUGUCGGGUCACUGCGUCUGAUUCCUGAAACAGUGACCGUGCACUUAGGCAAGAUUCGUAUUUGAUCACAGAGGAAAAGUGUGUCACUGGGAAAGGGUACACAAACCUAUAUACUUGCAUAUAUUACUUUAGUCCCUAGAUUCAAAUAUGUAUAAUUUGUUUAUUUAGUUUUUGAAUUUAGGAUAAAAAGAAAAAAUAAGCCUGAGGUUUCAAAAUAGAUUUUUGGGGUUAUCUCUUUGUUAGGUAUUCACUGAAGCAGUUCUAAUACAGCAAGAGUGAUUAACAUUUACAUUGAACAACACUGUCUAAUAGGCACUUGUGAUCUAUAACAAACUGCAAUUUGGAAAGAUCUUGUUUUUUCAGAUAUCUUUAUUCCUUUCUGUGUGGUUUCAUUCAGUCUUUGUUUUGUUAACUUACAUUUGAAAUUGGAAGAGUCCCUUGAGAGAAGGAAGAUUGUUACAUGUUAAUGGACUCCAUCCUAUGUAGCCCUACUAUAGGGAGCAGAAAUUCACUUUCUUAAGUUCACCAUAAGAUUGAAUUCAUUAAAUUUACAAUGUACAAUUUAAAAAAUACACACACAUACCAUAUACACUACGAUUUUACUUUAAAAUUUUGUUAAGAAAACAAAAACUCCUAUAGAAUUUUUUUGUCGUAUAUCAAAAAAAUACUGGUAUGCCCACUUAUAUCGAACAUGCACAGGCACAGUGUGAAUUCACGGCUUGAAACGUGCCUGGUCAGAAUCCACACGUCUGGCCUUAGUGACUUCAGUAAUAACAACAUAUAACGAACAUUUCAGCUCGCCCUCACUUGUUUUUAUGUUUAUUGCAAAUCUUAGGGAUUUUAUUGUAAGUACUUUUUAUUAGUUCGAUAGCACAUUCCGUACCAAAAAUGUCAAACACUGUGCUGUAAGAAUAUCCAUGUUUGUAGAAAUGUCCACUUUUCAGAUAAUAUAAUGCCUACCUUUAUACUAACAGGAUCAUAUGGUAGUUGAUUUAUUUUUUUUUAUUUAUUAUGUUAUAUUUUUGGUAUUGUAGGUUCUUGAGGCAGUGAUACAAAAAAAACAAAACUGUGUUCCGACAUAAGUGCUCUAACAGCCCUUUUCUUCACUUUGAAAAGAUGUUGUUUUCAACAGGUACAGGUUCUGUCCAGAGCAGCCUUGCCUUUUGAUUAUCAGCCUGCUCUUCUUUCCCUUUCGUCAUCUAAAUGGAACUUUUUCUUCAAAAGUAGUGAGUUUUCAACAUUACAUAUAACAAAAGUAACCAUUAGAAAACCGUUCUUUAGAUUCAGAUAGGGAAACACACUGUAUUUGUGCCUUUUUCAUUUUGGAAUUUUAAUGUGUAGACUGGUAUUUGGAGCACAAAUAUGAAGGUGCCAUAAUACUAUGGCUGCCAUUGUUACCUCCUUGAAUACUCGUGUGUCAUUGUCUCAAAAUAGUCAUUGGAGAACCUUGCAUGUAUUACCUGGUUAUUUGGACAUCAGUGUGCGCGUGUGCGUGCAUGUGUGUGUGAGUGUAUAUGUAUUGUACUUAUUUUCACUUGGACUUGUGUGUGGUAUAUUCAACACAGUGAAUUUCUGAAAAUAGGACUCAGUUAAAUGUUGGAAGUUCAGGCUAGUUGAAAUAUUUCACUUAAUUAAAUGUGCUUUAUUUCGGGGGAUAUUGAUUGACAGAGGAAAUAAUAAUUGUCAAAAAUGUGACCAAUUUAGUGCAUGACAAAGUAGUGCCUUUUUAGGACAUCAAUUUUAAAGUUCAAAUUAUUAACAAAGGUCUCUUAAAAAUUGUCAUAGGUAUAAUUGGCUUUUUAAAAACUAGACCUUAAAUUGCCAAAAGUAUAAUUACUAUUUUAUUUACCCAUUUAAUUUUAAAAUGUAAGCAGGAAUUCUUUAUAAAAUUGUGGAUUAUAGAUGCCACCCAUUGUUACUAAAAUAGAACACUAGGAACUUCAGUAAGUUGUUUUGUUAAACUCACAGAGCUUUUAUCAUAGCCAAGUAUACUUCAAAUGUUCAAUUAUUCCAAUCGGACCUUCAUCCUCUUUGGUGCAUAAAAUAAAAAUAUUCAUGAUAUUCUUGCAAAAGAAGGUGGGUGGGUGAGUUUUAGUGUGUUUUCAGAUUAUAAAGACAGCACUUUCACACACAACUAAGAGUAUUUUGCAGACCUCUUUUAUACAGAUUAUGAGCUCUAUGUAAGUGUUUGUGGAAUGAUGUAAAUUUUAGGUCCAUUUGAAUAAAUAUUGAGUGCCUGCCAUAUCCAAGACCGAGUUCCCUUUCACUAGGAAUCAUAUCAUCACAUCAUGUCUUCUGCGUGCACUCUGUGGACUUUGUUUGAAAAGGAAUUCUUAUAUUUAAAUUUUUUGUUAGAGUUUAUUAUUGUACACUGUAACCGGUUAAUUUUGCAAUCCAAUUUUUAGAAUGAAGAUAAAACUUGAGUCCCACUUUUGAAAAUGAAAAUCUAAAAUUAUUUAAAAAGUAGUUCUGGGGGAAAUUGAUUUUCAAGUUUCAAAUGUAUAAAUGCUUAUAUUGAACUUUACAGCCUCAUUUUUAAUCAGCUCAUGUUAAUGAUGAGAUACAUACUUUUGGUAUCUUGUUGCUGAAAAUAUUUUUUGCAUUUCAGCACUUUGCGUUAAAAUAAAGUUGUUACUACGUAU